UUUUUUGAAUUUAACAACAGUGAAUUAAUAGUGAAUUUUUGGUGGUUUUUUGAAUUUAUUAUUAAAAAGUGAGACAACAUGUUUAAAGAAAGUGGUAGUGAAAAUUCUUCUGUAGCUGAGACUACAUUAAUUAGUCCUACAAUGCCCAGCAGUCCCACAACAUCAGCAUGUAUGGAGUUACCUGCUGUACAAGAUUUCACAACUAUAGAAGAAGCUCGAAAAAUAAUACGUGAUUUGCGACAUAGGUACCGUGCACAAGCACAACAACUUCUUGCCUGGCGUAGAGCGCAUAAAAUUCAAGAAGAUUUAGUGUGCCGUCUUCAACGAGAAAAAGCUGAACAAUUAAAAUGCCUGUCUUCAAAACUGAUAUUAUUUGAGUCACGGUUAAUACGCAAACAGAAAGACAUUAGUGCUUUAUUAAAUCAUAGAGAAAUAAUUAUAAUGCGCCAACAAAGAAUAAUCGAUGUAUUAACGAAUCGAUUAAUUGAGAAUGGCUUGGAAACAUCAAAUCCCGAUUUAACUGACCUAGAUACAAACAUGCCGGACAUGGAUUCACUAAAUGACUCAGACAGUGCUGUUAUAAUGGAAGACAUUGAUUCAGACAGCGCAUUCUCACAAAUAGUACCACGAUUUCGCUCAGCAAGUGCUGAUGGUGCAAUAACCGUGUGUCGAUCAAUAUCCGAUGCAAUUGAUCCCAGUUUGAAAUAUACAUCGUGUCGACGAUCAAAUGGAUUUUUGCGACGACCCGAAAUUCUGGAAACUGUGUAUAGUGUAGAAGAAGAUGGUGAAUCGGAGCAAAAUAAUCCACAAAAUAAUAGUGAUACACAUAAGCGGCCAUAUUUAAAUAAUCAUCAUGAUUCAAAUGAACGACUGGAUAAAGAUAAUUCAACAGAUUCAGAAGACAAGCCAACACGAACGCCAUUGAAUCAAGUAACGACGUACAAUCGAGUCAUGUCAAAUCAUCGAUCAGUUACCAAACCAAAAGAUGUUAAAUAUAAGCGUAUUAAUAAAGCCAAAUCAAAAAGUUUAGAGGAAUUACGUGGUCGAUUACGUAAUUGGGUUGAACAUGGUAAUCGUUUGGCAGGUAUUUCAUUAGAUCAAACGCAAAGUUUUGCCUAA